AUGGUCUACUAUGACGAAGGAACCGGCAACCAUAUGCUCUCUCAGAUGCAAUAUUCUCUUGAGUAUCUCAAGCGCAAUCUGGAAGGCAAGACACAGCAAGAGCUGGAGAAUUACUUGUCCAAACCCAUCACACCAGCUCUGGAACAUGUGCUGCGUAGGAAUGAACGGAUCUCCUAUGAUUCCGAGACACGCUUGUAUCGCUUUCGGCCAAUCUACAACGUCCGAAGCGCGCCGCAGUUGUUGGCGCUCUUAAGUGCUCAGACCGUGUCGCAAGGCCUGAUUGUCAAGGACCUCAAAGAAGGCUGGCCAACUUGUUACGAGGAGCUCGAUCGGCUAGAGGCUGAAGGACAAGUGCUCUUGAUACGCAAUCGGAAGGAUGAUCGUCCGAAGACUGUUUGGCCGAGCUCGCUGGAAGAUGCGACCAAUAUUGACAAAGAGUUCAUCGAUAUCUAUCUUGAUUCUGCUAUCCCUGGGCGGGAUCAAUUACCACGCGAGUUGGAAAGUCUGGGGUUGAAGCCUACCAGCGUGGAUCCAAUGACUGUGGUGCACAAAAAGCCGGGCGAUGCAUCAAAGCAGAAGAAGCCCAAGGCGCGGCGACACAAGGUCACGAAUACUCACAUGGGAACGCUCAAGGAUCUUGGUAUGCGUAAUCCGAAGAAAUAA